AUGACUUACUGGGGCUGCUGGUCCGAUCAGAGCCCAAAGACACUUCCAAACAUGGCAUACACCAGCAACGACAACACCAUUGAGAAGUGCACGAAGACUUGUGCCGAUGGCGGCAACACCAUCGCCGGUCUCGAGUACGGCACUCAGUGUUUCUGCGGCAAGUCGCUUGGCUAUCUUGCGACUCAAGUCAUUGAGAGCUCUUGCUCGUUCACUUGCCCAGGCAACUCUACCGAGACCUGCGGUGGGAGUGGCCGCCUCUCACUUUUCUCCAAUGGCCGUCCUGUGCUUCAGGAAGCCCCCGGUACGCCGGAGACUGUAGGCGACUUCUAUUAUGUCUCUUGCUACACAGAGCCGAGUAAUGGUGCUCGCGCUCUCGCCGGAAAAGGCACGUCGAGUAACUCCAUGACGCUCGAGACCUGUGCGAACUUCUGCUCAUCUUACCAAUACUUCGGCACUGAGUAUGGCAGUGAAUGCUACUGCGGCAACAGCUUUUCUGCUGGAGCGAAUCGAACCAGCGAUAGCGACUGCAACAUGCUGUGCUCUGGCGCCACCAACGAAUUCUGCGGAGCUGGCGAUAGACUGACUGUCUACCAG